AUGGCAGCAACAAACAACCCCCUCUCCGCCACCCACGAUUCCGCUAACCCCUCGCCAACCAUCUCCUCCGAAACACAUACCAUCUCCGGCAUCCUAACCACUGUUCAUGGCCUCUCUGAGCUGCCCCCCACCGUCACUUCGGUGGCCUGCCUCUGGCUUUUGCACCCACGCUUGCAGACUGCACAAACCAUGGCUCCUAUCGCCGCUGAGAUAAUUCACGCCUGGAACUGGAGGAAGCACUCAACCCAAGGUCUGAUCGCCGUCUCCUUUGAUCAACGUAACCAUGGCUCGCGUUUGGUUGAUAAACUUCACAACGAAGCCUGGAAACAAGGCAAUCCUCGUCACGCCCAAGACAUGUUCUCAUGUCUUAACGGCACUGCUAUCGACUGCUCGCACCUUCUGUCCUAUCUCCCAGGCUAUAUUCUCAACACUCCUUCCUCCCCAAAGAUCACUAAAAACCUCGUCUUGGGCAUUUCCCUGGGCGGCCACGCUGCAUGGCAUUGUGUACUCGCCGACCCACGCAUCACAGCCGCAGUAGUCGGUAUCGGAUGUCCAGAUUACACAAGGCUGCUAGCCGAUCGUGCUCGUCUUUCAAAACUUGACAGCUACGUUUCAUCUUCGCCGCCGGGUGCAGAGUUUCUCAGAUCCAAGGACUUCCCUGAAGCUCUGAUCGAUGCAGUUGCAAAGUAUGACCCAGCAGGUCUCUUGUUGCCUGGUUACUUCAAUCCUACUACUCGUUCCGAUCCUGGAUCUCUUACGGAAGAGCAACUCGCUCGCUUCAAGAGCCUCGUUCGGGAGAGGUUGCAAGGCAAGAAAAUCCUAAAUUUGAGCGGGAAGGUGGAUAAGUUGGUGCCAUACGCAGCAGGAGAACCUUUCUUGACCGUUUUCAAACCUGUCCUUGCUCAGAACCCGGCUUUUGACAUCGAGUUCGAGGAUGUUUUGUUCGAUGGUGUUGGGCACGCUUUCCCGCAUGUCAUGGUAGAGAAGUCUGCAGAGUGGAUUUGUGACAUUUUGUCGCGUGAGAAAGGGGGGAAGGGUCAGGUACGUGCUCUGGUCUGUGAAGUAUGA